UUGCAUCCGGAACAUAAAAUUCUUUCCCUGAUAAUGGGAAUUGCAUAGCAAUACUCUCUCGCUGUUCUAUCUUCUUUGUUCUUACCGAAGCUUCGGUUUUCUUUUUUGUCCUUCCCUAUGCAUGCAAAACAGGGGAGUGAACAUCUACUUCGACUCCUCCAAUGUCGUACCACUCAGCCAACACAAAUCAAGCAAAUCCAUGCCCUCCUCAUCACCAAUGGCCAUCUCCUCUUCACACCCACCCAAUGGACGAGCACUCUCUUGUUCAAUGCGCUCAUAAGAGGCUACUCCAACUUUGGCCAGGCUCGCAAUUCCCUCCUCCUCUUCACUCACAUGCUCGCUCAGCAAGCGCCACCCAGUGAUCUCACCUUCACUCCCCUCGUAAAAGCUGCAGUUUCGUCGGCUUCAUUAGGCACAGCCCUUCAUGCCCAAAUGGUCAGACGAGGUGUGUCUGGCGACCCGUUUGUCCGAGUGUCGUCCAUUCAUUUCUACGGGCGAACUGGCGAGCUGGCCAGUGCGUGUCGGGUGUUUGAGGAAAUUCCCAAGCCAUGCGUUGUGGCAUACAAUGCAAUGCUUGAUGCGUUUAGCAAGAAUGGGUUGAUAGACUCUGCUGUUUCGCUCUUUUCUAGAAUGCCGGGGCGAAACGUGGUGUCUUGGACUAGUGUGAUUAAUGGGCUUGGUAAAAAUCUGCGUUUCAGAGAGGCCCUUGAGUUUUUUCGAAACAUGAUGGUUCAUGAGGAUGUAAAGAGUGGUGUGGUGAAACCAAAUGAAGCUACCUAUGUUAUCCUUCUUUCUUCAUGUGCUAAUUUUCCUGGAGGAGGUGCACGUGACUAUGGGAAGCAAAUACAUGGAUAUGUUGUCAAGAAUGACAUUGGGCUGACAGCUUUCUUAGGGACAGCAUUGAUAGAUUUCUAUGGCAAGACAAGUUCCUUCAGAAAUGCUAUAAAAGUUUUCAAUCAAAUGGGUGUCAAGGAGAUUUGCACGUGGAAUGCACUGAUCUCCUCCCUUGCUUGUAAUGGUGAAGAGAAAAAGGCUCUUGCUAUGUUUGAGCAGAUGAAGAUGAAAGGUUUGUGCCCUAAUGAGGUAACUUUUGCUGCGGCUCUAACGAGUUGUGCACGUGGAGGAUUUGUUGACUCUGGUUUCGAAUUGUUUCGAUCUAUGGUUGACGACUUUGGGUUGGUACCUGUGAUGGAGCACUAUGGAUGUAUGGUUGAUCUGUUGGGCAGAGCAGGACUUUUGAGGGCAGCGAUGGACUUUGUAAAGAGUAUGCCUUUCGAGCCUGAUGCUUCUGUUUUGGGGGCUCUGUUGGGUGCCUGUAAAAUUCACGGAGCUAUCGAUCUUGGAAAUGAUGUAGGGAGAAGAUUACUUGAGAUGCAGCCACGGCACUGUGGACGAUAUGUUAUAUUAUCGAAUAUACACGCAGAGUUGAACAAGUGGACUUCUGCUGCUGAGCUGAGGAAAGCAAUGGAAGGGCUCAAAAUUCGGAAAGUUCCAGCCUUUAGUCUGAUUGACUCCCUCUAGGAUAUAGUGUCACUUCUACAUACUGGUUUUACCGUUUUGUCCUUGAAGAGAUCCACAGAGUUCAACUCCUUUAAACUUUUGCAUUGGAAAAGGUGAACAUAGUGUAGAUCAAUCUGACUUGUUUGAUUUUGGAAUUGAAUGAUCGACCUAUUCAUACAACAAGAAAUAGCCUGUCGUAACUGCUAAGGACAUUCUGCAGCACAUAAUAUUCUCUAGGUGUUUGAUCGAACAGGAAGGUGUGAAUAACUGCAAUUUGAUUUCUCCUUCUGAAGCAAGAGCUUAUACAAGGAACUUCGUCAAUUUGCAGAUUUUUUUUUCUCUAAAGCGUCAAAGCCUGUAGGAUACAGUUUGAAGCGCUUCCUCCAAUCUCGGUGAUCAUAGCUUUAUGAAGUUUACAUACUGAAAAAUUUUCUAAGCUGCUGGCCGUGGCACUGAUCAUCAGCGGAGGGAGAAUAGGGUGACAAGUCCUCCACUUUCAUAGUGUGGAGGUCAGAAAAGCAAUUCAGAAUAAUUGAUCUUCAUC